AUGCCGGAGCUGUCGCGAUCCCUCGCGCGAUCUUGGUCAUCGACGCUAAAGCUUCCGAAAUCCACAUUCCCUCCUCGGAUAGCUUUGGCUGACCAGUCGAAAUAUCUCAAACGAUGCAGCGAUGACCUCUACAGCUGGCAGCAACGCAACCGGCCUGCAACAGCUACUUUCACACUCCACGAUGGGCCGCCAUACGCUAACGGUGAACUACACAUUGGACAUGCGCUAAACAAGAUAUUGAAGGAUAUAAUCUGUCGCGUGCAAUUGGCAAGAGGAAAACGAGUUCAUUAUGUACCUGGCUGGGAUUGUCAUGGUCUCCCAAUUGAGCUGAAGGCACUUCAAGGUCAAAAGGAAUUGGGCGACUUGAGGUCGGCUGGGAGAGAUGGAGCUGCGCAGAUUCGGUCAGCUGCUCGACAACUUGCAGAAAAGACUGUCUCCCAGCAGAUGGAGGGAUUCCGGAACUGGGCAAUCAUGGGAGAUUGGGAAAAUGCAUAUACUACGAUGAAUAAAGACUUCGAACGUAGGCAAUUGGCCGUAUUUCUGGAAAUGGUUGAAAAGGGGCUCAUCUACCGGAGAUACAAGCCGGUUUACUGGUCUCCCUCGUCUGGUACGGCGCUUGCUGAAGCUGAGUUAGAGUACAAGGAAGAUCAUAUAUCAACUGCGGCUCUGGUUAAGUUCGUUCUGGAUAAUCUACCAUCUCAGAUCCUGGAACACCCUUUGCUUGCGGGGAGUGAUAUUUCCGCUGUUAUAUGGACAACAACACCUUGGACGCUGCCUGCAAACGCGGCAUUGGCGGUUAACCCUGAUUUUGAAUAUACCAUCGUGGAUUCGACUCGCCAUGGAAAACUCCUCGUGGCACAGUCUAGGCUGCAAUACCUCCAAGAGCUACUUGAAGAUGAUUUCACUGUCGUUAUACCGGCUAUUAUGGGCUCUGAAUUGCUAAAUUCGACCUACCGUUCCCACUUCAAAGGGCCCGAGUCUGAAAAACAACGGAUCAUAGCUGCAGACUUUGUGACAGCAGAUGCCGGUUCCGGAAUUGUUCAUUGCGCUCCAGGCCACGGUAUGGAGGAUUACGAAGCUUGUCUCGCUCUCGGAAUUCCAGCAUAUGCUCCUGUAGAUGGGGAAGGCCGCUUUACCCAAUCUGCUAUGCCAACAAAGCCUGACCUUCUAACUGGCAAAGAAGUCCUAGGGGAUGGAAACCAUGCUGUCAUCAAAUACUUGUCGGAAACGGGAAUUCUCAUUCACAAGCAUGAUUACAAGCACAAAUACCCCUAUGAUUGGCGUUCAAAGCUCCCUGUCAUAAUUCGUGCCACAGAACAAUGGUUUGCAGAUGUUGGUGAUAUUCGUGGCGAAGCCAUUCAAGCUCUGCAAUCUGUCCAAUUUAUCCCGCCAAGUGGGAAGUCGAGACUGGAGACUUUCGUCAGAAAUAGAAGUGAAUGGUGUAUAUCCCGCCAGAGAGCAUGGGGAGUCCCUAUACCGGCAUUAUACCACCGCACCACUGGAGAAGCUAUACUCAGUAAAGAGAGUGUGUCUCAUAUCAUGAAAAUGAUCGAAGAACGUGGUAUAGAUGCUUGGUGGACUGACGAUGAGUUCGACCAGGCGUGGCUCCCCGCCUCGCUCCGUGAUUCGAGCCCACCGCAAUAUAAACGCGGAACAGAUACAAUGGAUGUAUGGUUCGAUAGUGGCACCAGCUGGGCUCAGCUUAAAGAUGAUUCCCCUGAAAAUUCGCCAGCAGAUGUAUAUCUUGAGGGAAGCGAUCAACACCGUGGCUGGUUCCAAUCCAGUUUGUUGACUUAUAUUUCCCAUCAGCUUGCCGAAGGGAGUAAAUCUUCGUUUAAGGCCCCUUUCAAGACCCUUAUUACACAUGGGUUUACUCUCGAUCAGUAUGGUCGUAAGAUGAGCAAAUCGAUCGGGAAUACCAUACAGCCUGACGAAAUCAUGGGUGGUACACUUCUCCCUCCACUAAAGCCCAAAAAGAUCAAAGGAAAAGGCCCAAAGCCAAAUCCAGAUGUUCCGGUAUACGACGCCCUCGGUCCUGAUGCCCUUCGACUAUGGGCUGCUGGGAGUGACUACACGAAAGAUGUGGUUAUUGGUCAACAGGUACUCAAAGCAGUCAAUAUCAGUCUUCAUAAAUUUCGUGUCACUUUUAAGCUGCUUCUCGGUGCGCUUCAAGAUUUCGACCCAAGGAAUGAAGUUCCGUACGAGUCACUACAUGCGAUUGACAAGAUUGCUUUGGUACAACUUCACAAUCUCGUCAAGUCAAGCCAGGAAGCGGUCGACAAAAUGGAGUUCUUCAAAGCUGUGACCGCAAUGAACAAAUGGGCCAACCUAGAAUUCUCAGCAUUCUAUAUCGAAGCCAUCAAAGAUCGGUUAUAUGCGGAUUCAGAGUCUGGAAUGAGUCGACGAGCUGCACAGACCACCUUGUUCCAUAUAUACACGCACAUUCAAAGCCUUCUUGGCCCAAUAGUCCCUUUGCUGGUUGAAGAGACUUGGGAACACACCCCUGGAAACAUUAAAGGAUGUUUGAAACAUCCGUUCCAGCGGACUAUUAAAUCGCCAGACAGCAAGUGGAAGAAUAAUCUUUUAGAAGAUGAAUAUUCCGCUAUGGUUGCCGCCAAUUCUGCAAUCAAGGCUAUGCAGGAAACUGCUCGGUCUAAAAAGCAAAUGGGGUCCUCUUUGCAAUCAUUUGUGCAUCUUGUUCUACCCGAAGGGUUUGAAAUAUCAGAGCAGUUACAAUCUGAGCUCCCCGAUUUCUUUGUCGUAUCCUCCGUCACUAUAGGUUCAGAGUGUGAUUCCGUUCUAAAUGAGAUUACACAGGCCGAAUGGAGCUACAAUUCUGAGUUCAAGCUACCAAAAGAUCAAAUCGGGAAAGCAUGGGUGUAUACGCCAACUCAGGCCAAAUGCCUUCGUUGCUGGCGUUACGCAGUCCAGCCUACAGAAACCGGGUCAAAGGGCGAAGAGGACCUUUGCCAUCGCUGUGAAGAGGUUGUGCAUGAGAUAGAUCAACAGUGUGAUACGGGUUCAAGCACUUCCAAUUAA